AUGUGCAUUGGAACCAUGGGAUGCAGCAGUUCUGUAGCUGACAGAAGGUCAGAGAAUGUCAUCAGAGCUGCCAUCCUCAUCCAGAACUGGUACCGCUUCACCAUGGCCCGGCUGGAGACGAGGCGCCGCUACUCGCUGAGUAUCUUCCAGUCAAUUGAAUAUGCUGAUGAGCAAGAUCAGCUGCAGCUAUCCAACUUUUUUACCUUCAUGCUGGAUCACUGUACUCAGCCUGAUUCAGUUUCCCAUAUUUUCACCACACCCAGUGUGUCUCAGGUGGUGGAUGAAGACUUGUGUUUAAGAGAAUUUGGAAGGAAGAUUGAUGUUCCAGACUCCUAUUAUGGACCACGACUCUCAUUCCCCCUCACUGUUGAAGAUGCCAAUGCUCUUCUUCAUGCUUUCAGGAAUGAACAGCUGCUUCAUGCCCGCUAUGUACUGCAGCUCCUAUGUGAAACUAGGAGGGUUCUCAAGGAGAUGCCAAAUAUCACCCAUCUCUCAACUUCCUACUCCAAGGAGAUCACUGUCUGUGGAGAUUUGCAUGGAAACCUGGAUGAUCUUUUGCUGAUAUUCUACAAGAAUGGUUUGCCUUCAGAACAGAACCCAUACGUCUUCAAUGGUGAUUUUGUGGACAGAGGGAAGAAUUCUAUGGAGAUACUUAUAAUCCUCUUUGCAUUUCUACUCAUCUACCCCAAUGAUUUACACCUGAACAGAGGAAACCAUGAGGACUAUGUCAUAAACUUGAGGUAUGGCCUCACAAAAGAAGUUGUGAAGAAAUAUAAGGACCAUGGCAAACAGAUCCUGGGACUUCUACGAGACAUCUUCAGCUGGCUCCCCCUCGCCACUAUAAUUGACAGCAAAGUUCUCAUCCUCCAUGGAGGAAUUUCAGACACCACAGAUCUGGAGUUCCUGAAUGCACUUGAGAGGAAUAAGCUGAAAUCUUUGAUGCGGCCACCAAAGUCAGUGACAGACAGACAGGACCAAGGAAAGGAGAGAAUUCCCUCAACCAGACCCAGCAAACACACUGCCAACCAGAAAACACCACACAGCUCUUCAGCAGGCUCUGCUGAACCUUCAGCCUCAACUUUGCCUCCAGACCCUACCCUCAAGGAAUGGAAACAAAUCCUUGACAUUCUCUGGAGCGAUCCAAGAAGCCAAAAUGGCUGCACACCAAACAAGCGUCGAGGAGGAGGCUGUUACUUUGGUCCUGAUGUCACUGCCAAGCUGUUUGAAAGGUAUAAUCUGAAGAUGCUCAUCAGGUCUCACGAAUUCAAGCCUGAAGGUUAUGAGAUCAGCCAUGAUGGGAAGGUCAUCACUAUCUUUUCUGCCUCCAACUAUUACGAAGAGGGGAGCAACCGUGGAGCUUACAUCAAGCUGACUCCGGAGCUGAGUCCUCGCUUCGUGCAGUACCAAGUCAGCAAGCAGACACGCAGGCAGAACCUGCACCAGAGGGUGGGUACAAUUGAAUCCUCUGCUUUGAAGUCCUUACGAGAGAAGAUUUACGCCCACAGGUCUGAACUCACCAGUGCCUUUGCACAGUAUGACCACACUGGCACAGGCACCAUUCCUGUCAAUGACUGGGCUGCAGCCAUGGAGUCUGUCCUGCAACUGGACCUGCCCUGGAGGAUGCUGCGCCCUCAGUUGGCACAGAUGAGCCCAGAUGGGGAAGUUGACUUCAUGUCCUGUUUUUAUGAUUUGAAAAUAAGUCAACCUAUAAAAGAGGCUCAGCCAGCUUUGGUGGAAACACUGUGCAGAUACAGAAAGGAUCUGGAGACCAUCUUUAACAUCAUUGACAAGGAUCACUCAGGUCUGAUUUCACUUGAGGAGUUUGGCCAGAUGUGGAAACUUUUCACUUCUCACCUGGGCAUUGAUGUGAGUGAUGAGUCCAUUGACAAGUUAGUCCUGAGCAUAGACUACAACAAGGAUGGCCACAUUGACUUCAAUGAAUUCCUGGAGGCCUUUCAUGUGGUUCAUAGACUAGAGAAAAAGGCAAAUUCAUGA